GACUACAGCUCUGUUGUUCAGUACAAAUUGAAGGAAGCCACUUCGACAAUAAAUAACAGAUAAAGAAUCCACAAAUUGAUCCAAAAAGACUCAAAGCCCCGCUGACAUCCGGCGGUGUCCGGGACAGCUGAAUGCGAGGGGGCCUCGGGCGCACGGAGGUUUGUUUUCGGGUGAACCAUGCUAGCUGUGCUAGCUAAGUGAGCAGCGUCUCGUCGCCUCCUUCUUCAUCUUCAUGGGUUCGUGCUGUUGAGUCUGCCAGGCUUGUGCUGGAGGCAGCGAGGCUAACAAAUUAAUGCCAUCAGCCAGGAGCUCAGGUCCUAUUAUGAGUGGGGCGAGUUGCAAAGCUAACGGCGCCGUGUACCCCGCCUCAUCAGCGAUGAUGAAUUCUGUGAAGAAGCCGAAGAUGGAGCAGAUACAGGCCGACCGGGAGCUCUUCCUACAGGCCUUUGAAAAACCCACACAGAUAUACAGAUUCCUCCGCACAAGGAACUUGAUUGCACCCAUAUUUUUGCACAGGACGCUCACCUUCAUGGCUCACAGAAACGGUCGAACAAAUGCCAAGAGGAAAACAUUCAAAGUGGAUGACAUGUUGCAGAUAGUGGAGAAGAUGAAGGGAGAGCAGGAUUCUCCAAGCUUGUCUUCACAUUUACAGUUAACCUUCACUGGGUUCUUCCAUAAGGAUGAAAAGCCAUCUCAGGUUUCAGAAAAUGAACAGAAUUCUGUGUCCCUAGAGGUGCUACUUGUCAAAGUCUGCCAUAAAAAACGCAAGGAUGUCAGCUGUCCAAUAAAACAAGUGCCUAAAGGUAAAAAACAGGUGCCUUUGAAUCCUGACAGUAACCAAACCAAGCCUGGCUCCUACCCGUCCUUGCUGGUUUCCAGCAACGAGUUUGAGCCCAGCAACAGCCACAUGGUGAAGUCCUAUUCACUCCUGUUCAGGGUGUCGUGCACGGGGAGGAGGGAGACUAAUGGUCUGGUCAAUGGAGAAGCCAACGAAAACAUUGAUGUAACGGAUACUCCUAGUAGAAAGAAAAGAACUUCAUCUCAUAGAGAAGAUGGAGAGACCACAGAGACAUAUGUUGCACAGAUGACGGUCUUUGAUAAGAAUAGGAGAUUGCAGCUGCUGGAUGGGGAGUAUGAGGUGUCGAUGCAGGGGAUGGAGGACAGCCCUGUGAGCAAAAAGCAGGCCACAUGGGAAACCAUUCUUGAUGGCAAGAAACUGCCACCAUUUGAGACAUUUUCUCAGGGACCCACAUUGCAGUUCACUCUGCGUUGGACAGGGGAGGCCUGUGGAAAGUCCACUGCCCCUGUCGCAAAACCCCUCGCUACCCGCAACUCGGACAGCUCCACCCCCAUGGAGACCCGGACCAGCAAUCACCGAGCUGCACUCAUGACAGUGAAAGAGUCAGUCAGCACAGACAUUCAGACGAGGAAAGAGCAGGUCCAGUGUGAUCCGCGGCAGAAGCUACGUAUAUUUUAUCAGUUCCUGUACAACAACAACACACGGCAGCAGACUGAGGCGAGAGACGAUCUGCACUGUCCCUGGUGUACGCUCAACUGCAGCAAGCUCUACAGCCUGCUCAAACACCUCAAACUCUCCCACUCCCGCUUCAUCUUCAACUACGUGCCUGACCCCAAAGGAGCAAGGAUAGACGUGUCUAUCAAUGAGUGCUAUGACGGCUCAUAUGUUGGCAACCCUCAGGACAUCCACAGCCAGCCAGGCUUUGCUUUCAGCCGCAACGGCCCGGUCAAGAGGACAGCUGUCACUCACGUACUGGUCUGCAGGCCCACCAGGACCAAACCAAGUCUGUCAGAGUUCCUUGAAACCGAGGACGGAGAGUUGGAGCAGCAGAGGACCUACGUCAGCGGACACAACCGCCUCUACUUCCACAGUGACAGCUGCAUGCCCCUGCGGCCCCAGGAGAUGGAGGUGGACAGCGAGGAUGAGAGAGAUCCAGAGUGGCUCAGAGAGAAGACUGCCACACAACUGGAUGAGUUCACGGAUGUGAAUGAAGGAGAGAAGGAGGUGAUGAAGCUGUGGAACCUUCAUGUCAUGAAGCACGGGUACGUGGUUUCAAAUUUCAUAGCAGACAACCAGAUGAACCAGGCGAUCAAGGCCUUCGUUGAAAAACGCGGUGCUCACAUCAUUCGCCGCAACCUCUGCCGCAACUUCCUCCUGCAUCUAGUCAGCAUGCAUGACUUCAACCUGGUGAGCACCGCCACUAUCGACCGUGCCAUGGCCCAACUGCGGCAGAUCCAGGAAGACCUCCCCGACACGGCGGAGGAGGAGGCGGACCUGACUCUGGUAUCAGCAGGAGCCUGCAACGGUAUAGCUGUCACCUCCAGUGGGGGGAAGCAGGGCAAGAGGACAAAAAGCGCGCUAACGGACUGAUGCAGGCUGGAUUGAUUGAACAAUGAUGGUCAUGUUUUUUUUAUUUCUUCUCUUCUUCAAUGAACAUUACCAACCCUAUGGUGCUUAGAUAGGUGGGCGAACUGGUCAGUGGAGGAUCUGACCUGAAGCAUACCAGUAUACAAGUUACAAGGUAAACAAGUUUUUGGAACUUGAACUGAACCAAAUAUGAACAAUAUGAAAGUGAAUCACCGACCGCUACACAAGCAGGACUGUGAGGACUGGAUGGUGCAAGUUGAACCUACUUAAUAUGCAUUUUGUAGGAGCCACUGAAGUUUCUGUGUUUGGAUGAGAGAGAACAUUCUGAGAAUCCUCUCUAACGCGUGAGACGGCCUUUGGUGUGUCCGUGUUGUAGACGACUGUAUCAUGCGUACAGUUAAAACUGUACCGGUAAUGUUUUCUCGAUUAUUUGUACACAUACACAAUAACCUUGUUGAAAACGUAUCAUUUUAGCUGAUUAUUUUAGCACUUGGUGUUUGUAUUUAGGAAGCUUACAUUGAAAUUGUCUUUUAUUUUUCCUGUUUAUUUUUUUUAAUCAUGCUGCGCCAAAUGUUGGCAGCAUUUCCACUGUCAUGAGUGGAGAACAGUUGGUGGAUUUGAUUUCACUGUUGUGAAUGACGUUUUAAAUUCAAAGGUUAUACGGUAAAAGAGAACAUAACAGUAACUUGGCUUCAUUUCUAGGGUACAUAAACUCUGUAAAGCUCGUGUUAGGACCCCCAGAUGCAUUGUGGGUUUUGCUGGUAGGCUGCCAUGACAAUAGGGUUAUACCCUGAGCUUGGAUUCUGGAAAACAGAAUAAAUUAAGAUUUUGUGUCCAGGCUAAACUCCCACUUUAUAACCCCAAAGCCUUUUUGGCCUACGUUGAUAAUAGCUCAAGGAAAGCCAGGGAAAUUAACUUUUCUAAAACUUUCUUUUUUCCUAAGACUUACUGAAACAACCAGCAGCACCAUCACCACAUGUAUGGUGGAGCGUGCAUAGCACUGAAGGUAUAAAAGUCAACAGUUUUCUGAUGAAGUGGACACCUGUAGUUUCUUUUCACAUUGAGGUUUUUAAACUUCACAGAAUCAGUAGCUGAUUGACAGGCGCGUAUUCAGGAUAUCACAUCAAAUUUUCAGCGGUGUCCUGUUCUGGGUUUGAUAUUUCGCACAUUGCAUUUUCUUCUCUCAAAGCAAUAUGCUGUUUAUUAGAUGAGUGGUCUUCAGGUCAACAUCACUUGUCUGUUAGUUCCAGUUGAUGCCAAAGGGGAAUAUGUUCACCAGUUUUAGUUCUGUGUAUUUUAUUUAGUAUUUUCCUUUUGUUCAUUUCUAAACCAGUUUGUAAAAAGAAAGCAGCAGUUGUGUCUCAUAAACCGGCCAUCAUCAUCAUACAUUAUUUCAUCAGACUUCCCUCAUGGACAACCAAAUCAACUAUUUUAUUUUUCCUCCCUACUCUACUUGUAGAGGGUUUCUGUGAUCAUCUGUAAAAGGGAGACAUAUUCACCAUUAUUAUCAAAACACCCUGUUUAAAAAUUGUGAACUGUACACUCUGGCUAAAGGGGGUUUUAUAUUUAAAGAAAUAAAAUACAUUUGACCUUA